AUGAGCCCCACCGGCACAUCAACCCCGACACAUCAUUCUGGUGUCUUCACCGGCAGGACCAGAAAGCGUUUUGUCUCCUAUCGACUUCGAGGAGAAUAUGAGAAGCCAUGGCUAGAGGAUCCCAAAUUCAAAAGGACAAAGUACAACAAUUACGUUGUUUACGUCUUCGUGUUCUUGGGUGUGUGUGCUGCAGGUGUCGUCGCAUACUUCCAGAUCAGACCUGCAAUAUCAGGCCCAAUAUGUCUUGUAUAUGAGGACACUUUUGAUCAGGGAAAGUUGGACGACAAAUUCUGGAACUAUGAAGUGGCUCUUGAUGGAUUUGGAACCAGGACCUUCGAUUGGACAACCACGGACAAGGCCAACGUCUACACGGACGAGAAAGGACUCCAUAUCGUGCCAACGCUUACAAAUGAGUCCACAUCCAUCACCACAGACCAAAUGUGGAACGAUUACACCCUCAAUCUCACUGCUGAUGGAACCUGCACGGAGACCCGCGCCUCGUCAUGCGUUGCUCACUCAAACUCGACCAAGGGAGAAAUGAUCCCGCCGGUCAGGUCGGCCAGGAUCAACACCAAGGGCAAGAUGGGCAUCAAGUACGGGCGAGUAGAAGUUGUCGCCAAGCUCCCCAAGGGAGACUGGCUCUGGCCUGCAAUCUGGAUGAUGCCAACGGACUCUGCGUACGGCGAGUGGCCAAGGAGCGGCGAGAUGGAUAUCAUGGAGUCUCGAGGCAAUGACGUCUCGUACCCAGGCGGCCGUAAUGUCUACUACACGACAUUGCACUGGGGCCCCAGUUCUGUCCUUGACACCUACUGGAAAACCAUGGCCGUGAGGACUCAGCGCCGAGGAGACUUCACUGAUUCAUUCCACACAUACGGACUCGAGUGGACGGACAAAUACAUUUACAUGUAUUUCGACAACAGGCUCACUCAGGUCCUCUACACGAAGUUCCACACCGACAGGACCCUGUGGCAGAAGGGGGGCUUCUCCGAGAAAUCUGAGAACGACACUCUCCUUGCCAACCCGUGGGCAAAUACUACGAGCACAACGGGCAAUGCGCCUUUCGACCAAGAAUUCUAUCUCAUCUUGAACGUUGCUGUCGGAGCCAGGAACGGAUGGUUCGAUGAUGGUAAGGGCGGCAAGCCUUGGGUCGAUGCGGCGACCAAUGCCCAGUGGACCUUCUGGGAUGAUGCUGACAAGUGGCUGCCGACGUGGGGGGAGGGAGACUCUCGAGGGAUGACGGUACAGUCCGUGAAGAUGUGGAGAUCUGGUGCCUGCGGCGCCACUGAGCUGUGA